GGGUGACAGGAGCAGCAAUAAACCCGUGCGUAAAUCAGUUGGAAACUUUAAUUAAUAAACAGGAACUGCGCUCCACUCACAUCAUUCCACAGCCAGACCCAGUGGACCAGGACUACGACACACUUCCGGUUCUGCUGCAUGCUGCCCUUCCCUACUCGCUACUCUUCUCCAGGAGGCGGAGGUUCGGGUAUCUGCGCCGUCAUUGGUAGAGACGCGUCGUCAGUCGAGCUGUGAGUGGUGCUGGAGGCUGUCAUUCAGUGUAGGGGCUGCUGCCGAGACUCCAGAGAGAGGGAGAUGUCAGAGGCUGAGCUGCUGACACCCUUCAGUAGCAUUAGUGGGGUUCAGCAGCCAGCAUGGCCACAGCUGCCUCCAGCCCCUACACCUUGCUCAGCCCCAGCUCCAUGAUCCACGCGGACAGCCAGGCCAUGCAGCCUGCUAGCCCCUACAGAGGGCAUCAGAAACUCCUUCAGAGUGACUACUUGCAGAGCGUCCAGAGCAACGGACACCCCCUCGGGCACCAGUGGGCGAGCAGCCUGUCAGAGGGCAGCCCCUGGUCGACCUCCAUGGAGCAGCAGGACGUGAAACCAGGACGAGAGGACCUGCAGCUCGGCAUAAUCCAUCACCGCUCUCCGCACGUAGCGCAUCACUCCCCUCAUCACAACAACCAUGGCAACCACCCGGGAGCCUGGGGAACUCCAGUGUCCCACAACUCCUCCAUUACCAGCGGGCAGCAGAUCAACAUCUACUCCCAGACGGGCUUCACUGUCAACGGCAUGCUGGAGCACGGAGGGCUCACACCUCCACCCAACCCGCAGGGCCAAGGCAUGCACCCGGGCCUCAGGGACACUCUCAGCCCCGAUCACAGCGACCUCGGCGGGCACCACUGCCACGACCACUCCGACGAGGAGACACCGACUUCGGACGAGCUGGAACACUUUGCCAAGCAGUUCAAACAGAGGAGAAUCAAGCUUGGCUUUACGCAGGCGGACGUGGGUUUGGCUCUGGGCACGCUGUAUGGUAACGUCUUUUCCCAAACUACCAUCUGCAGGUUCGAGGCACUGCAGCUGAGCUUUAAAAACAUGUGCAAACUAAAGCCGCUGCUGAACAAGUGGCUGGAGGAGGCGGACUCUUCCACGGGCAGCUCCAGCAGUAUAGACAAGAUAGCAGCUCAGGGGAGGAAGAGGAAGAAGAGGACGUCCAUCGAGGUCAGCGUAAAGGGAGUUCUCGAGACGCACUUUCUCAAGUGUCCCAAACCGUCCGCGCAGGAGAUCACCUCGCUGGCGGACACGCUGCAGCUGGAAAAGGAGGUGGUGCGCGUAUGGUUCUGCAACCGGAGGCAGAAGGAGAAGCGCAUGACGCCGCCCGGGGAGCCGCCACCGCACGAGGGACCGUAUUCUCACAGCGGGAGCGCGGGGGACGCCUCUUCGUGCCAUGAUCUCUGACCGAAGCCCCUGGAGGGGGAAUCUCUCCCACCCUCCCACACCCAUGCACCACCACCCCCACGGGCACAGACACUCGAGCGCAAGCAGGGACGCGCAGCCUGUCCCGGCACAGACUCCUUUCAGAUGCCUCCAGCACUGAAUCACAACAAUAACAGAGAGAUACCUGCUCAGCCUUCGUCGUUUUUCAAACUGUCAUGAGGGCAUUACUUUAUAGCGGCAUAUCAAAACAUCACAUUUCAGAUCACUUCUGGAGCCCGCCACUUUAUUUUUCUUUCCUUUAUCUUUUUUCCAUCACGGAUAUGAAUCCAAAAUGUGCCUAAAUGACCUGCCAGCGCCUUUGGUUCGUGUCACCAUCUCUCAUUAGCUCUAUAAUAAUGCUAACAUGAGACUGAUGAUUUGUUUUUGUUUGUUUUGACUUGUUUGGGUGCUCCUGUUGGACGAUCAGUGGCGUCAAACAAAUGAUGAGGCAAAUAUCACUUUCCUUUAAUUGAUUCGUUGCAGCAUCAGAGGCCAUUUUACAGCCCACCACACGCUUCUGUCGUGUUUAUUCUCACCAAUAUUUACAUUCAUUAUUUUGUAACAUACACGUAGCCAGCCUGUAAUUAUUAUGAUAUUAUUAUUAUUAUUAUUUUUGCAUAUGCAAACAUAGGCCGUUAUUCCAAUUUGUAGAGGUAUUGCAACAUAUUAGCACUUGGAGGGUUUUUUCUAUCCAGCUCCUCCCUCGUGGCGGCCUGUAGCUUCCAGCUGUUUAUGAAUCCUUUUAUUUGAUUUUUUUUUAAAAUCAUCUUCGACCACAUAAACUGUGCGGACUCUGAACCAGAGCCCAGAUUAGAAAAAAAGAGUGUUUGACGACGCUACACACCUGCCUAUAAUUUUAAUGUACGUUCAAGUAUUCAAAAGGAAAUUUUAUAAUCUCAAAUACUCCUGUUAUUUGGUUUAUUUCUUAAGUAUUUUUUCCAAUAUUGUACAGUUUUAUAUAUUACCCUUUUGAAGUCAUUAAUUUAAACAAAAUGCUGUUAGUUAUUCAUGCACUUAAUUAGCAAUGUUUAAAAAAAAACAAAUAAAAGCAAACAAACAAAGGGGGGAAAAACAAACAUAUUUUCAGUAAGAUUGAACUGUUUCGGCGGUUUUAUUCCAAAUUUCGAUGACAGCUCAAGUAAUUAUUUAUUUUCAGUAUAAAGCUUGUAUUAUGUUUUGAAAUAAACAAUGUAUGUUGUAAUAAACAAUUUCUUCCUACAGUUGUUCGGUUUGUAAAAAGAGAAUCAGACGUCUGAGGAUAAAUACAUUAUUAUUAUUAUUAUUAUUAUUAUUGAAGCAAAAAGCAAAAUUAUUGUCAAAAUGUUUUCUAGUUUUAGUACAAUUAAAAAAUAUCGGAACUAAACUAAAUUUAUGACUAACUAAAUUAGUCAUAACUUUAAAAAUACAACUUGCAGGUUAACAAUUUCUUUAAUUUAAAAUGCAGA